AUGAAAUUAUGUGUGUUGUUGGAAGUGAAUGAUGGCAACCGUCAGGAUUAUGUUGUUUACGACUUUAUAAUCGCUUUGGGAUUAUUGGUGUCUUUAGUUUCUUCAACAUUUCCUUUUUGGCUAAGCAAAGAACGAUGGAAAACUAGAGAACAAAAAGUUGAUUUCAUGAACAAAAAUGACUUCGGAAAAAAUGAUACUGAAAAGAGUUGA